AUAUUCCCCCUAAGAACGAGCCAGCAGUGCUUCAAUUCACCACUUGUAUACUUUUCUUGAAUUUUCAGCUCAGAAAGAUGAAGCUGCUUUUAGCAACUCUGCUUUUGGUCACUCUUGUUCUUACCCCUUCUCUCAUUCAAACCUCAAUGGCUGGUUCAAGCUAUUGUGAUUCAAAGUGCAAGCAAAGGUGCUCAAAGGCAGGAUUAACAGACAGAUGCUUGAAGUAUUGUGGGAUUUGUUGUGAAGAAUGCAAGUGUGUGCCUUCUGGAACUUAUGGGAACAAGCAUGAGUGCCCUUGCUACAGGGACAAGAAGAACUCUAAGGGCAAGCCUAAAUGCCCUUGAAAUUUAUGUGUCCCAAUUUUCUAUGUGGUCAAAUCUGGUCUUUAAAUACUAUAAGUUUUCUAGGUGUGUUAAAGUCAUACUAUAUAGUGUGAAAAUUAGUCAAAAUAAAUACUUUUACCAAUAAAUAAACGGGGUUCUUCUUUUGAACUCCCUUUUGUGA